AUGAAAAGCUUGAUCAUUACCAUCAGCCUAGCUCUCAUGAUAGGUGGAUCCGCCUGCCAAUCGUCGCCCACUCUUAGUCCAACUGGCCAGCAGUCCACAAAUGAGAACGGGGAACCUACACCCGUUCCGGCCAUGAACGCUAACGGAGCCAACUCUACGAUCGGCACUCAAGCCGCCGGCGUGAAUGCGACCGCAGCGUUGAACGCCACCGCCGUGCCCUUGAACGGCACAUCUGUCUCGGCAUCCACCAAUGGCACAUCAUCCACAGCCGGAAAUAACUUCUUGCUCAACUCGACCGCCUCCUCCGUCUUCGUCAUGGAACAAAACAUCGACUGGAGCAGCUCCAACUUCAGCGUCUACGAUAAGAACGGAACGGUUGCUUACCAGAUCACAAACCAUUACGCGGGCGUCAACCUGACCGCCAAAGAGUUCGUGGUUCAGGAUGCCAUUACUGGCCAGAAGAAAUUGAAAAUCGAUGCCCGUAUCAAAGCAUGCGGGUUUGGACAAACUUAUGAGGCCGAUGAUGGCACCACCUUCACCUUGGACCCCCGCGCAUUCCUCCCUGAUCGAUGGUACAUCAAAAACGAAGAUUCCGAUUACACUUACAAGCGAUCUGCCUUGAGCAUGGAAGGCAAGAUCCUAGAGAAUGAGAGGGUUGUUGCGCUGAUUACUACCCGUGGCAAUUUGACCUCAACAUCGAGCUCGACCAAGCAGCUGACUGUGACCUCAGACGGAAGCAUCCGUCCCUGGGACUUGAUUGCUUUGAUGGCAGUCGUUAAAACCCGAAUUGCUACCUGUGGCUAUUAG